AUGGACUUGCUGAGCCUCAACGCGCUGCAGAACCUCGCGCUGCUCUCGACCAUCCAGGAGCUGAAUGGCCUGUACGGCAUGGAGCUGAAUGUUUUCCUCGACUUUGGCAACAGAUCGGACCUUCUGGCCGCCACCGGGCCGCAGCCUUCGGUGGCGAGUCUUUGGAUACGCGAUGCGGCAGUGCAAUUGGUGCUCGAGGGGAAUUACAGCAGUCGCACUCUGACCAUCGUUCGACUGGAGGAGGGACAGACACGAGCGACCCUGGAGUACCUGACGGCCUGGCUGUGGCGCUACCAGCAUCUGCAGGUGCUCAUCGUCCACCCGGGGGCUGGAAAACUGCUCGAAAUCUUUGGCUACUGCUGGCGGCAGGGCAUGGUGCACAUCCUGGUGAUGGAGGCGGCAUCGGGAAGGCUGUACAGCUUCAUGCCGUAUCCGAAACUGCGACUGCUGUCCCUGGGCUCUGUGGGGGAGUACUACCGGCGGACCCGGGGCAUGCUGUGGGACUUUCACGGCUACAACAUCACCACGGGGCUGGCCUACAACGGGGGACCGCGCUGCUUUGGCUUUCGGGACAGCCACAACCGCCUGAUCCUGGCCGGCUACAUGCUGAACAUGGUCCUCGAGUUCGUGAAGCACUUCAACGGCACCAAGCAGCUGAUCUACAUCACGUCCGUGGACCAGGCCAUCGGACUGCUGGCCAAUCGCACGAUCGACCUCAUUCCGUAUCUGAUGGUGCCUGCCGACGAGUACUACGUCGCCACGAAGGUGCUGUAUCUCGAGAACUGUGUGAUGAUGGUGCCCUCCUCCAGGCCGCUGGCCACGUUCCUCUAUUUGGUGCGGCCCUUCACGUGGGGCACGUGGCUCGCAUGGCUACUGGUGCUGGUCUACUGCUCGGGGGCCCUGCUGGUGCUGUCCCGGGGGCGCCUCAAUGCGAGCGCCGCCUUCCUGGAGGCCCUCUGCCUGGCCCUGUUCCUGGGCGGCGCCCGGGGCCCAGGCUCGCCCCGCGACGUACUGAUCUUUGUCCUGCUGACAGCCGGCGGCUUCGUGCUGACCAAUCUGUACCUGGCCCAGCUGUCGACGAGCCUGGCGGCCCGGCUCUACGAGCGGGAGAUCGACACGGUGGACGACCUGCCCGGCACCGAUCUCAAGUGGUACAUGAUCGCCUACGAUGCCGCCCUGGUGCGCAGCCAGUUCGCCAAUCGUCCGGCCGUGAUCCGGCGCAUUCUGGUCGGCUCCAAUGAGAAGACGGACGAUCUGCGGCGCGAGCUGAACACCUGCUGCGUCCAUUCCGGCUACGAGGAUCGCAUCGACUUUAUUCUGUACCAGCAGAAGCUCUUGCGCUUUCCCAUAUUCCGCAAACUGCCGGAGAUCCUGUACCAGCAGCCCCACCAGAUACCCUCGUCCUUCGGUCGUCCCUAUCUGCGGCUCUUCAACGACUUUACGCUCCGGAUAUUCGAGAGCGGCAUCCAGCAGAAGAUGAAGUGGGACUCGUACCGCCACGGCGUCCAGAGCGGCCAGAUACAGUUCGGUUUCAGGGAUCGCUACAUGGAGGUGCGUUCGAACGACGUCGAGUAUUACUAUGUGAUUGGGGGCCUCUGGUUGGGCGGCCUGAUCCUCGCCACCGUCUCGUUUCUCUGCGAAUUCUAUCUCCUGAAUAAAGUGUGA